AGGAUGGGAUCUGUUGGGCUAGAAAUUCAAGAGUCCAUGACAUUGACGAUACGGCCAUGGGAUUCAGACUUUUGAGGUUACAUGGACAUGAGGUUUCACCAGAUGCAUUUCGGCAUUUUGAGAAGGGGGGAGAGUUCUUCUGCUUUGCAGGGCAAUCGAACCAGGCCAUUACUGGAAUAUUUAACCUCUAUAGAGCCUCUCAAGUGUUGUUCCCAGGGGAGAGCAUCCUAGAAGAAGCCAAGGCGUUUGCUUCCAAAUUCUUGAGAGAGAAACAAGCAACCAAUCAGCUUCUAGAUAAAUGGAUAAUCACUAAAGAUUUGCCUGGCGAGGUGGAUUACGCCCUUGACUUUCCAUGGUACGCAAGCCUACCCCGGAUAGAGGCCAGAUUCUACAUCGAACAAUAUGGUGGAGACGACGAUGUAUGGAUCGGGAAGACACUGUACAGGAUGCCUUACGUUAACAACAACGAGUAUCUGGAGCUAGCCGAGGCGGACUUCAACAACUGCCAAGCAUUACAUCAGCUGGAGUGGACUGCUAUUCAGAAGUGGUAUAGUGAAUACAAUCUCGGUGAGUUCGGAGUGGGGAGAAGGGGGCUUCUACAAGCUUAUUUUGUGGCAAUGGCCAGCAUGUUUGAACCUGAGAGGGCGAGCGAGCGGUUGACAUGGGCGAGGGCUGCUGUGCUUCUGGAAGCAGUCAAGUCUUUCAUGGAGAUGGACACCACUACUGUGGAUCAGAGGAGAGAAUUUGUCAAUGAUUUCAACAACACCAUCCACAGUUGCAGCAGCACUUUCGAUAUCCAUCACAACAGUGGUAUUGGGUUGUGGGUGACCAGGAAGCCCUCCGAAUGGAAGACGACAGGAAAAAAACUUCUAGAAGCACUUGUCACAACCCUAAACAGUAUUGCCAUGGAGUCCCUAGUGAUACACCGCCUAGACGUACGACACCACUUGCUUUGCACGUGGAACACAUGGUUACUGUUGUGGUGCCCAGAUGGAGCAGUAGAAAAGGAGCAACAAAGAGUUGAGUCAACUAAUGGAAGAGGAGUUCAAGUACCAGGAAAAAGAAGAGGAGAAGAAGGUGAAGGGGAGCUGCUAGUGCGCACUAUAAACCUUUGUGCCGGACGUCCCAUCUCAGAAGAACACUCUUCUCACCCCCACUACCAGCGUCUCCUUCACCUCACCAACUCAAUCUGUCACCACCUUCGUCUGCUUCUUAAUUCCAAGGGCCAUAAAAAGAAGAAUAGCUUGGGUACUGGCCAAAUAGAUCCCCUAAUGCAAGAGCUGGUUCAACUUGUUCUCCGAAAGUCCGACGGAAUCGAUCCCGAUGUCAAGAAAACUUUCCUCACUGUUGCUAAGAGCUUCUAUUAUGCUGCCCAUUGUAACCCUUCCACCAUCAACCACCAUAUUGCCAAAGUUCUCUUCCAGAGUGUGGCUUGAUUCUGUUUUCUUUGUAUUUUGUUUUAUUUUACAUAUUUGUGAAUAAUUUGUUUUGCAAAUCGUAGCACUUAUAUGUAUGUUUAUAUAUAAAUAAAUGUGAAUAUAAAAGGAAUUUGAGAGUUUCAACAAA